CAGUUGUAACCAACGGCGUCACUAAGGAUCGAACACCAAGGGUGCGCUUCAUCGCAAAACCCUGUCGGCCUCGGACUCUCCCCGAACCGUCAUGAUCUGAAGCGAUGUCCGGCUUCCGAGGCUAAGCGCGUAUAAAACCCCAGCCACCUUUGCCUCCUACGGAGCUUAAAGACUAGAAGCCUCUUCACAACGCUCCGCUCCCAAAAUCCAGAGCUCGCCGCCAUGGAUCCAUCCAUCAUGAAGCUCCUUGAAGACGACGAGGAUGAGAGCAUGCAUUCUGGUGCGGAUGUGGAGGCGUUCACGGCUGCGCUGAAUCGGGACAUCGGAGGCGACGCUGCCGCCAUCUCCCAGCCUUCGGAGCCCGAUGGUGUGGGAGUAUCAUCCCAAGCAAGCAGUUCUGCAUCAAAUGAAAGGCAAGGACAACGGGAAACUUCUACUCAGGAGGACAAUCCUGGCCAGCAAAUCCAACAAGAAGAACAACAUCAUUUGCAGUCCUCAGAGCAGCAGUCAUCUCAAAUGGAGCCCAUACAGCAAGAAUCUGGUGCCAAAAAUUCAGAUCCACAAGUGAACAGCCAACCAGAACAUGACAGGCUGCUCUUGCAACAAGAGCAGUCUCACUCUGAUAAUCAGCAGCGACAGUCAGAACCAAAUUCCCAACAAUUUUCUGAAAAAGAGCAGGCCAACACAUCUGAGCGAACUACUGUUCAGGGCCCAGAACAUGACAUUGCUCAGCAUUCUGAGAUCCUGCAGCAGCAUACAGUGCAGCAGUUGAAUAGUCAACAAGCACCAGCUACAAACCAAGCAAACAAUGCAAUGAGGAAGAUGAAAGUUAAUUCUAGCAUACCAUUCCACAUGUUGAUUCCAAUCUUACGACCUCACCUUGACAAAGACAGAUCCAUGCAGCUUAUGGCCAUAUUUACAAAACUAAGGACCAAUGAAGUCAGCAAAGAAGACUUUUUAAGAGUCAUAAGGAAUAUAGUUGGGGACCAGAUGCUUAGGCAGGCAGCUCACAAAGUACAAAUGCAGCUUAAUGCCCAGGCAGCUCGAAAUCCACAAACAAGUCCAAACCAAUACUCCUUACAAUCUUCUCAACAGAUUUCAUCUGGUGGUGCUCAACAGUUCAUAGAGUCAAUGCCACCAUCUCACAGCCAGAAAGGCUCCAGAUCACCUCUGCACCAGCCUUAUGCUCCUACUUCAACAGUCCAAAUACAGACUGAUACUUCAAAACUUGAUAGCAAUAUUCAGAAGUCUCGAGAAAUUGAAAGCAAGUUGGAUGGGAAAGGGGUGCAUGUUAGCCAGAAUAUCACCAGUAACAUAAGUACGGUAAAUCCAGAAAGAGACAUUUCUAUGAAUUCAUUACCAGCAGCUAACAAGCAGCUGCAACACACAGAACUUCCACAGACAUCUUUCUCGAUGUAUGGAAGCAUGCAAAGUAAUUUUCAUGCCCAGGCACAUCCUAGGCCAUCUAUAAGUUCUGCAACAACUCUUAAAUCACAAACUCAAGAUUCACUUAUGAGGCAAGCUCCGCAUACUCAAGGAGUUGUUAUGGCGCAACCAGGGUCAACUCAGCUAAUGAAUGUAAUGAACAUGCCAAAAUAUGAAGGACAAAAUACUACCAGUGAAACCAAGAGACUACAUGGUGGAUCUUUGGCAAGCCAUGCAACACCACAGCAAAAUCCAGGGGCAUGGCAAUUAUCGGCGAACAAAGAGCAGAGGAGCAGUGCUUUCCCGUCAAUGCCUUUUGUGAAACAAGGAUUUGCUGAUCAACCUUCUGAACCUCCUAGCAAGUCUCAAUUCACAACUUCAGAGGGCUCUUCAUUUGGUUCACUGAAUAUUAACCAGAGAAAUCAAAAUCUUGGAUCAUCAAAGGAGGAAAUGUUAGAAAAACAGUCAUCAAAAAUGGGAUACUCUCCACAUGCAAGCAUGAUGGGAACAACUCUGGUUUCAAGUCCCAUGGCAACCCAAGGGGAACAAACCAUGCAGAUUUCAUCUGGUACAAGAACUCCCCAAAAGAAAUCGUCUGCCGGACAGAAGAAGCCGCAUGAAGCAGUAGGCACUACCCCGCCCAUGUCCAGUAAAAAGCAGAAGACAUCUGGGGCAUUUCUUGAUCAAAGUAUUGAACAACUAAAUGAUGUUACAGCUGUUAGUGGAGUUAACCUGAGGGAAGAGGAAGAACAGCUAUUAUCCGCCCCCAAGGAGGAGAGCCGAGCUUCAGAAGCGACUAGAAGAGUUGUAGAAGAAGAAGAAGAACAGUUGAUUCUGCAGAAUGGUCCCCUUCAGAAAAAGCUGGCAAAUAUCAUGUCAAGAUGUGGUUUGAAGAGCAUAGGCAGUGAUGUGGAGCGUUGCUUGUCAAUGUGUGUGGAGGAGCGUUUGCGAGGUUUGAUAAGUUAUCUAAUAAGACUGUCGAAGCAGAGGGUUGACAUUGAGAAGACAAGACAUCGACUUGUCAUUACUUCUGACGUUCGACGCCAGAUUUUGUUAAUGAACAAGAAAGCUAAGGAGGAGUGGGACAAAAAGCAGGCUGAAGAAUCUGAAAAGCUCCGUAAACUAAAUGAAGUAGUGGAGGGGAAUGCAGGGGCUGAUGCUGACAAGGACAAGGAUGAAGGGCGUUCAAAGACCCUUAAGGCCAACAAGGAAGAGGAUGAUAAGAUGAGAACAACAGCUGCGAAUGUUGCUGCCCGAGUUGCUGUUGGGGGUGAUGAUAUGCUCUCAAAGUGGCAACUCAUGGUGGAGCAGGCUCGGCAAAAACGUGAAGGACUGGAUGGAGCCUCUGGUUCCCACCCUAGUAAAACUACCACCGACAAGCCUUCACCAAGCUCUGGAAGAAUUUCAAGAGAACAGAGAGAAGCUGAAAGGAAAGGUUCAUCUGCUGCUGCUGUAUCUGGCGGCAUAAGGAAAUUGGGGAGAAGCCCAGUGGCAGUGUCCCUUCCAAAAAUGGCACGCAACAUUUCUAUCAAGGAUGUGAUUGCAGCCCUUGAGAGGGAGCCGCAGAUGUCAAAAUCAACUCUAAUCUAUCGAUUGUAUGAGAGAUUAUCUGGUGAUUCUGCAGCUCAAUAGUUUGAAUUUGGACAAAGCAUGCAUGUUCUACCAGUUUAACCAGUGUAUGCCAUUCUUAGAUUUAGGAUGUUUGUGACCUUCGAGUAUGGAAUUCAGCAGCACCCCUCCUGAGGGUUAUACAGACAAAGAUAAGGAAAGUACGGCUAUUUGCAUAGGAAUCAACUAGACUGUAUAUUUAUCUUAGCUGUUCUUGUAAAUAUACUGUAUAUUUUAUAUCAUAAUAUACUGUAAUAUUUGUGGGUAGAGGGAGAGUGAGAAACUGCACCGCAGCCCGCAGGGGAUUCCUGUGUUGAAAAUUUUCUUUUAUAGAUGGAUGGUUGUCAUUUAUCUGGUGGAAAA